AUGGAUGACACCAUCACCGGUUCCCACAACGUUAGUAGCGGUCUCCAAAUUCAACGAGAUUUGAUACAUAUUUUCGAUUCUGCUGGUUUCUGUAUCAAAAAGUGGGCAAGUAAUUCGGAGGAAAUUUUAGCGGCGGUUCCAGAGUCUGAUCGAGAAAUUAGCAUACCAUUUUUCAUCAAUCCGGAUAAGAAAAUCAAAACGCUUGGUAUCUUUUGGAAUACCUCUUCGGACACUUUGAAUUUCAACAUUAGUUAUGAGGACAAAGAGAUCGUAACGAAACGAUUCGUCUUAUCAACAAUCGCUCGCAUUUACGAUCCUCUUGGCUUGGUAUCACCGAUCACUGUGAAAACCAAGAUCUUCAUGAAAUCAUUGUGGUCAUUAAAUCUUGAUUGGCACGACCCUUUGCCAACAAAAACACUUCGCGAAUGGAAGGAAUUCAUCGGCAAGCUGCCUUUACUUUCUUCAAUCAAAAUACCGCGUUGGAUUGGAGCAUCCCCGAUUUGUUCAUCAUUUCAAUUACAUGGUUUUUCGGAUGCCUCAACUGAAGCGUAUGGUGCUGGUAUUUAUCUACGUUGUAUCGAUGAAAACGGAGAAAUUCACUCAAAAAUCAUUGUCUCGAAAUCAAGGGUUUCUCCGAUCAAAAUUCAAACAAUUCCACGUUUGGAAUUAUCGGCUGCUUUGAUACUGGCGAAACUUAUCAAGUAUACACAAAAAUCUAUUCGUCAUCAAAGUUUUAACGCUUCGAAUGUAUUCCUUUGGUGUGAUUCACAAGUCGUACUUCAUUGGCUGAAAGGUGAUGCGAGAAAAUGGAAAAUCUUUGUCGCAAAUCGUAUCACAAAAAUUCUUCAGACAACCGAAUCACAUCAAUGGAGAUAUGUUUCAACUAAGGAAAAUCCAGCUGAUUUGUUAUCAAGGGGAUUGUUUCCAUCAGAGCUUGAAAACAACCAACUUUGGUUCUCGGGACCAGCUUGGUUGAGAUCGCCCGAAAAUACCUGGCCCUCUAAUACAAAAACGGAGAAGGAAGCGGUGAGAGAAAUCGAAUUGGCUGAUGAGUUGAAACCUAUCAAAAUCAAUGUUGUCAACGUAGUUUCAACUCCAACUCAAUAUCUUCUCGAUUAA